UGCGUUUGAACAGACGGUGGGAUUAUACGGACGUCGGGCCUUCCGGUUGACGAGGUUUAGCGGCCCCGUGAUUCGCUGUAGUUGUUAGUCAGCACCGCGUGAUGUCACCCCAGGAUUGGUCACGUGUCAUCCGGGUAUAAUGCCGAAUAUGUCCCAUACUACUGGACGUCGUACAUGUACGUUAGUGCGACACAGUCCUUGCCUUGUCUCCGUGUUUCAAUUGGACUCCUAUUGAUGAUGGUGUUUACUACCCUCGCUUCCUCCUGGAGUACACGUUGAUUAUGUUGAUUCUAGACGACAACGGUCAGAAUGGGGUUUCGCAUUACUACGUGGAACGUCAAUGGAAUCCGAAAUCCGUUUGCCUAUGAGCCAUGGAGAGGCAAGCGGACCUUCGAGGCCAUGUUUGAGAUCUUAGAGGCCGAUAUUGUUGUUCUUCAGGAAACGAAAAUUCAGCGAAAAGAUCUUCGAGAUGACAUGGUCCUGGUGCCUGGUUGGGACUGCCACUUCAGUCUACCUAGAUUCAAAAAGGGUUAUUCUGGCGUGGUUAUAUACACCCGUAAUGCGACAUGUGCCCCAGUCCGCGCGGAAGAGGGCCUUACUGGUGUACUUUGCCCGCCAAAUUCGUCGGUCCCAUUCCGGGAUCUUCCUCAUGACCAGCAGAUUGGUGGUUACCCAACCAUAGCGCAACUAUCAAUGCUUGAGUUGGAUGCAGCUACACUCGACUCAGAAGGGCGUUGUGUCAUCCUCGAAUUUCCAGCAUUUGUUCUGCUUGGGUUAUAUUGUCCUGCUAAUCGAGAUGAAAGCCGCGACAAUUUUCGCCAGGGUUUUCUUGACCUAAUGGAUGUCCGAAUCCGAAAUCUCGUCGCCAUGGGGAAACGAGUUUUCGUUACUGGCGACCUCAAUAUCUCAAGAGGUGAAAUUGAUGCAGCACAUGUGUCCGAGGCCAUUCGUAAAGGCACCACAACAGAAGAUGAUUUUAUAUCCGCACCAGCCCGGCGCUUGUUCAAUCAACUGUUGUAUAGUGGAAAGGUUAUCGGGGAGCGAGAUGAAGGGAGGGAGCAACCUGUUCUCUUUGAUAUUUGCAGGUCCUUCCAUCCGAAUCGCAGGGGCAUGUAUACUUGUUGGGAGCAGAAGAUCAACGCGCGGCCUGGCAACUAUGGCUCAAGAAUAGACUAUGUCUUGUGCAGCUUGAAUAUGCAAGAUUGGUUCUGUGAUUCAGAUAUACAAGAGGGGCUCAUGGGGUCGGAUCACUGUCCGGUAUAUGCCAUGUUCAAAAGCUCCGUGUGUUUAAACGGACAACAGGUUAACAUGCUUGAUAUCAUGAAUCCUCCCGGGAUGUUCAACAAUGGUGUACGGCGACAGGAGUACACGACAAAACUUCUCUUGCCUACAUCAGGACGCUUAAUACCAGAGUUCGACAAGCGAAGAAGUAUCAAGGAUAUGUUUUCGCGAAAACCAAAAACUUCCUCGCAGAAACCACCCACCACUUCAGCAUCAACCACAUGUGCAUCAACCCGGGAGCAAGCGUAUGGAAUUGAUGCGGUAGAGAAUUUCUCUCUUGGAGCUAGCAAACCGUCGCCCCCUAUCGCUGACAGCAGCUUGACAUGUAAAGGCACUGUACGUAAACGGUCCGGGAAAAGCGACCCCCCACCCUCAGUCAAGCGUUCGAAAUCUUUUCCUUCUCAGACUACAGCAACCUCUAUUGCUGCACAGAGAACUCUGAAGGGGUUCUUUAAGCCAAAAGGUGCUGUUGGUAGUCAAAUAAGUGAAGCAGAAACUCGGGAUACGCCUGUGCAGGCUACGGAGUGUUCAUCCGGCCCCCUUCCGGUGUCUUCGACUAUAUCGCGGCCUGAGGAACAGAAGGAUCUACAAAGCAUACGCAGCGUUCCAGCUGCUCCAACGAGCAACAUCGGCUCAUCUAGACCAGCGGCAUCAUCUGCGGGCCAGGAUAGCGAAACUGUCAUUGACCCGAUUGUCAGCAAGGAAGAUUGGUCGAAACUUUUUGCAAAGAAACCAGUGCCAAUGUGUGAAGGGCACCAGGAACCAUGCAUUAGUUUGUCAACAAAAAAGGCCGGUAUUAACUGUGGUCGGUCCUUUUGGAUCUGCCCACGACCCUUGGGGCCCAGUGGGAAUAAAGAAAAGGGAACGCAGUGGCGAUGUGCAACUUUUAUCUGGGCUAGUGACUGGAAUCCCUGACAUGGAGCCCGUUGAAUUUACAUGGAGUAUAAUCAUUUCAGGAGAUGAUACCCCUUUGUACCAUUACUUAUACAACACCAACUGGCAUAGUUUCACUAUAAGAAAGAAUUGACUGCUCCCAACAACUGUGCAGUCAACUAUAAUGCUAUCUGGUCACGUUCCUG